AUGCGAGAUCAAGCGUAUCCCCCGACAUCUGGCCGGAGCUUCCCGAAACCUCAUCCUAACCGCCAUGUUGAAACACCAAAUUUUCCCGUCAGCAACGACGAUAAAGUUUAUGACGAUACACCAUCCUCCUCAUCCGACCCUAUAAGUCCUUUAAGCCCUACUGCUGCACAGGAGCUCUCGCCAGACAGACCUUCCACAUCCAACGAUGCGAAUUCAUUCCUAUUCCCUCGGAGCCCAAUCUCGUUCGAUGGAGAAACUCUCCGCUCAAGAGCAAAUUCAGUCAACUCAAACGUAGAAACUCUACGGUCACGGUCCGGGUCGACAGUCAAACCACCCUCCGCCAGACCAGAUGGCGCAGAUUAUGACGAUGUUCCCAUAUCAGAAGCACUAAAAGCAGAUGAGCGCAAUAAAGCCGACUUCGAGGUGGACAACAACCCCUUCGCCUUUUCGCCUGGCCAACUGAACAAACUCUUAAAUCCGAAAUCGUUAGCUGCGUUCAAAGCGCUCGGCGGAUUGAAGGGGCUGGAGAAAGGGUUGAGGACAGAUUUAACUGCUGGGCUUUCACUCGACGAGACACAUCUGGAAGGGAAAGUUAGUUUUGAGGAUGCUGUUCAGGGCGGUUCGCCCAAACAUGAAGAAGCCAAUCCCACACCCGCUCAGCGAACUGUUUCCAAGGACGGAGCUCAGUUUGUGGACCGCAUGCGAGUAUAUGAUCGGAACAAAUUACCCGAACGGAAGAGUGAUGGAUUUCUAGUACUGCUUUGGAGAGCUUACAACGACAAGAUCAUCAUUCUUCUCACAAUCGCCGCCGUUGUUUCAUUAUCUCUUGGUCUAUACGAAACAUUCAGCGGUGGAAGUUCUGUGGAUUGGGUCGAAGGAGUUGCGAUUUGCGUGGCUAUCCUCAUUGUCACUAUUGUUACUGCAAUUAAUGACUGGCAAAAGGAACGACAAUUCGUGAAACUGAACAAAAAGAAAAAUGACCGUGAAAUCAAAGCCAUCCGUUCAGGAAAGUCUGUUAUGAUAUCCGUUUUUGAUAUCACUGUGGGCGAUAUUCUCCACCUUGAACCCGGUGAUGCUGUUCCUGUCGAUGGUAUCUUCCUUUCUGGCCAUGGUGUUAGAUGUGAUGAGUCCUCCGCAACUGGAGAGUCGGAUCAGAUGAAGAAAACCAAUGGACACGAGGUCUGGGAACGGAUCAAUAACGGGACCGCCACGAAGAAACUCGACCCCUUUAUCAUAUCUGGUAGCAAAGUCCUCGAAGGUGUUGGAACUUAUCUCGUCACCAGCGUUGGGCCAAACUCGUCGUACGGAAAGAUCAUGCUUUCACUUCAGACCUCGAACGAUCCUACACCACUCCAGGUCAAGCUGGGAAACCUUGCUGACUGGAUUGGUGGACUUGGAACUGCUGCCGCGGCUACCUUAUUCUUUGCGCUCCUCUUCCGAUUCCUGGCUCAGUUGCCAGAUAAUCACCAUUCGCCCGCCAUGAAAGGCAAAGAAUUUUUGGAUAUUCUGAUCGUUGCUGUUACAGUCAUUGUUGUUGCAAUUCCAGAGGGACUUCCACUCGCUGUUACACUCGCACUGGCAUUUGCUACAAGCCGAAUGGUCAAGGAGAACAAUCUUGUUCGGAUAUUACGUGCUUGCGAGACAAUGGGCAAUGCAACGGUUAUAUGCUCAGAUAAGACUGGCACUCUAACUCAAAACAAAAUGACUGUUGUCGCAGGGACUUUCGGAAUGAAAGAUAGCUUUGAUCGUACCCCCGAAGCCGAAGGUGAAGGUCCUUCAGCAGCCACCCAGAUGUUCAGUGGAGCCUCAACCGCCGCUCGUGACUUGUUGAUGAAAGGCAUUGCUCUUAACUCAACCGCCUUUGAGGGUGAAGAGAAUGGAGAGAAAACGUUCAUCGGAAGCAAAACCGAAGUGGCUAUGUUGCACCUUGCCCAAAACUACCUUGGCUUGAGCCUGACUGAAGAACGUGCCUGCGCUGAAAUUGUUCAGUUAAUCCCCUUCGACUCCUCUCGCAAGUGCAUGGGCGUUGUUGUUCGUCAGUCCGAUGGAUCUUUCCGUCUAUUCGUCAAGGGUGCUGCGGAGAUAAUGCUCUAUCAGUCAAACAGGGUGAUCUCAGACAUAGCUACGCCUCAACUCCAAACUGCCACACUCUCUUCGAAAUCCAAGUCCGAAGUUCUCGAAACUAUCAACGCCUAUGCCAAACGCUCUUUGCGAUCGAUUGGCAUGGUCUACCAGGAUUUCGAAUGUUGGCCACCACGCGGAGCUAAGACCAUGGAAGAAGACAAAUCCUGCGCCGAUUUCAAUGACGUCUUCAAUAAUAUGAUCUGGGUUGGUGUUGUUGGGAUUCAGGAUCCCCUCCGAGAUGAAGUUCCUGGUGCCAUUCAGAAGUGUAACAAGGCUGGUGUCAGUGUGAAGAUGGUCACUGGUGACAACUUGACUACUGCUGUUGCUAUUGCGACGGAAUGCGGUAUCAAAACCCCUGAAGGCAUUGCCAUGGAAGGGCCUAAAUUCCGCCAACUCUCCGACGUAGAGAUGGAUCGAAUUCUCCCUAACCUGCAAGUCUUGGCUCGUUCAUCCCCCGAGGACAAACGUAUUCUUGUUACCCGCCUGAAACACCUCGGAGAGACUGUUGCCGUAACCGGUGAUGGUACUAAUGAUGGACCUGCACUCAAGGCUGCGGAUGUUGGUUUCUCCAUGGGCAUUGCCGGUACUGAAGUCGCAAAGGAAGCUAGUUCUAUCAUUCUUUUGGAUGACAAUUUCAAGUCCAUUGUGACAGCCAUUGCUUGGGGGCGAGCUGUCAACGAUGCCGUUGCGAAAUUUUUACAGUUCCAAAUCACUGUCAACAUUACGGCUGUGGUAUUGACCUUCGUUUCGUCUCUCGCCAACCCGAAGGGCGAGAGUGUUCUGAAUGCGGUCCAGCUUCUCUGGGUUAAUCUCAUCAUGGAUACCUUUGCUGCCCUAGCACUGGCUACUGACGCUCCUACUGAUAAAAUUCUUGACCGUAAACCAUCUCCAAAAUCCGCUCCGCUCUUCACCACAACCAUGUGGAAAAUGAUUAUUGGACAAGCCAUCUAUCAGCUCGCGGUGACAUUUGUGCUCUAUUUCGCCGGAGCGAAGAUAUUCGGAUACGACCUCGAAAAUGAUCCCAGCGGCCUCCUUGCUGCCCAAAUGGACACCAUUGUCUUCAACACCUUUGUUUGGAUGCAGAUUUUCAACGAGUUCAACAACCGUCGUCUAGACAACAAGUUCAACAUCUUUGAGGGCAUGUUUAAGAACUACUUCUUCUUGGGUAUCAACGCAAUCAUGAUCGGUGGCCAAAUCAUGAUCAUCUUCGUCGGCGGUGCUGCAAUUGGCGUCAAGCCCCUUACGGCUGUGCAAUGGGCUAUUUGCAUCGGAACUUCGUUGCCUUGCCUGCUAUGGGGUGUCCUUGUUCGCUGUUUCCCUGACCAAUAUUUCCAAGUCAUCAUCGACAUCACUACCUCAUGCUUCAAUUUCUUCUGGAAACCGUUGACAAAGGCAUGCCGUGUUAUCUUCUCCCCCGUUGGAAAGGCAUUCAAGGCAAUUCGUCAACGUGUUUUCCCCAAGAAGGAUGAGCCUGAGACUGGGGACGAGCAACCCAACGCCGACUCGGAAGAAAAAAGACGACGAGACGAAGAGACUGGUGACAUUGAGAAGCAGCCUACGAUCAUCAACACGACUGCCAAUGCUCAGCCUGUCGUUUCUCCGCCUACCAUCGUCCCACCACCUAUCACCCUCACUGCCCCUAGCUAA